UCAUCAGAUGUGAAGUGAGUGCCACCGGUCGGAAGUCGUUCAGCUUGCUGGGCCGAUUCUUUUUGGGAACUGGAACGAUACAUGAUGUCUUCCAGAGGGUGGGCACUCUCCCCAGCUGCAGGCUAAGGUUGAAGAUGCAUUGGAGUGGUUCACACACACACACACACACACACACACACACACACACACACACACACACACACACUUUGGGUGUAAACAUCCUAUUCGUGAUCAUUGCUCAUCAUACACCUCUCAUUGAGGCCACGCCCUCCUCAGUACUUCAUCACAGCGCUCAUUGUCUCACCCUAAUCACUGUCUUACUGACUCAGUUUUACUUCCUGGUAUCUUCUUCUUCUUUAAUCUCCAUUUUUUGUUCCUUUUGUUCCCCGUGUGCCAGUCAUGAUUGUCUGAACCUCCAUCUUUCUUCAUUGAACACAGCAAGUUACAGCUGUCAGUCAGCAGUCAGCAGGAUGGAAGCAGGAGGAAGGAUGAAGAGAGAGAUUAAAUAACAGAGAGAGAGAGAGAGAGAGAGAGAAAACGCAGAAGCUCGGCUCAUUCAUCCAUUGAUGGAAUGAUGGAGAGACGGAGUGAUGGGUCUUUCUCUCGGAAGAGGAGUUUUACAUUUGGAGCAUAUGGAGGGAUCGACAGGUUCAUCAAUGACAGUGAGAGCAGGAGUCGUCCCGAGUCUCUGGGCCACAGCAUCCUGGAGAUUUUAGACUCUCCGUCAAACGACACCAAACCUUUCGUCCCUGCAAACCCCAGCCAGAAGGUGACGGAGCUGUUCGAGAUUAUUGAAAAGCUGCAGGGCAGCAGGUUAGAUGAACAGCGCUGUGAGUUUCCUCCACCUUUUAAAUCGCGGCUGUUGAAGAUAGGCGACGGUCUGCCCCUCAUUCUGCCCCCUAAAUCCGGAGGGUACUGGCUGGACCCCCCGCUGGACAGACAUGUUGAGACGAGCCCCACGUCCUCCAGCCCCUCGUUCGGCCUCGAGACCUACGACAUCAUGGAGAGAGACAGCGAGGCCAAAAUCUACCAGGAGUUUUUCAGACACAGGUACCAUCACUCAUUCACUGCAGUCGAUCCCUCACUCGGGCCACUCGUUCUCUCCGUCUGUCUGGAGGAGGAGGAGAACCGACUGAGGGUCAUUCUCAGGAUGAACGAGUGCUCUCUGCACGCCACCUUCUCCGUCUUUCUCUUCCAGAACUUUCCCACAGCUGUAGAACUCGCAAAGAUGCUGUGUGCCAGUGUGAGUGUGUACAGUUUUGAGGUGGUCAGUUACCUGAAGGCACCAGAGCUGAUAGCAGCGUUUGAUGAACACAGAGUGUCUCAAAACUUCAAAUUUGGGGUUUUAUAUCAGAAGGAAGGACAAUUAACAGAGGAAGAUAUUCUCAGUAAUAAUGAGGAGAGUGAGGAGUUUAAAGACUUCCUGUCGAUUCUGGGACAAACUGUCAAACUGCGAGGAUUCACCGGCUUCAGAGGGGGGCUGGAUGUGUCACAUGGUCAAACAGGAAAUGAGGCGGUGUUUACUUCCUUUCACGGCCGAGAGAUCAUGUUCCACGUAUCAACUAAACUGCCCUUUACAGACAGAGAUACACAGCAGCUCCAAAGGAAGCGACACAUCGGCAAUGACAUCGUGGCCGUGGUGUAUCAGGAAGGCAGGACAUCAUUUCUCUGUGAUGUCAUCAGCUCACACUUCCUGCACUGCUUCAUCGCUGUGAGGAGGGUAAAACGAGAAAAUGGGGCAGAUGGAGGGGACGGAGGGGCAUUUCAGGUGUCCAUCACAGCCAGGGAGGAUGUGCCCCCAUUUGGCCCGCCUCUUCCAAACCCUCCCAUAUUUACAGAGGGUUCUGUGUUCCGGGAGUUUCUCCUGACCAAACUGAUCAACGCAGAGAUUUCGUGCUACAGAGCUGAGCGCUUCAGUAAACUGGAGCUGCGGACUCGCUCCUCUCUGCUGGAGGCGCUGAGGUCGGAGCUGUCCUCACGCUCCCAGUGCAUGAUGGGAAACUCAGCACCACCCACCAGCACAGUGGCCCCGCCUCCUGAAGGGGGAGGAGGAUUCAUUGAAAACUUUAAAAGAGCUAUAAGAGUGCGCAGUCACUCUUUUGACACGCUGGGAGUUGUGAAGAAGACAGGAGGCCAGAAACAACGAGUAAAACACACACACACACACACACACACACAGCGAACACUCAGGGUUACAGGGUCAGUCUAUUUUCUUUUGUAAUAUCUGAGCUGAGUGUCCGUCCGCAGGUCGGGGUUUUGGGUGUUUUGUGUUGAUUCAUUCUCUCAUUUUACUCAAAGAAAAUUUACACUCAGAUCCAACAUCACAUCCAAAGUCACACCUGACAUCAGAUCCAACUCUACAGCCAAUGGCAGAGCUAUCAUAAUAAUAAUAAUAAUAAUAAUAAUAAUAAGCCCUGUGAUGACCUGGCGACUUGUCCAGGGUGAACCCCGCCUUUCGCCCGUAGUCAGCUGGGAUAGGCUCCAGCUCGCCUGCGACCCUGUAGAACAGGAUAAAGCGGCUACAGAUAAUGAGAUGAGAUGUUUUAUCUCUGCAGUGAAAGAAUUCUAGAGGGAAACCCUGUUGUUUGUGGUUUUACACGUUUGAGUGUGUAACUCUGAAUAUUACGCUGCCUUCAGUGAGCGAUCAUUAUUGAUUCGAGGUGAAUUGAUGCGCUUCAGUCACGAUGUGAUUUUCAAAAUAUUUAACAAAAUCUGAAAGUCAUAGUCAGUGCAAAACGAUGCAUGUUUUUAUCUGUAGAAAACAAAAAUCAAUCAUGGCUAUGAACAGAGGUUUAUUAUUGCAAACAAAAUGUCCCACAGGUCCAUAAUAUCUGAAAUAAAGGAAUUUAUAAUUUCUCCUAAAAUUCUGAUCGAAGUCGCUGUUUGUGGGAAAAUAACUGACUGCAAUAUAAAGAGCUCUGUCGCAGCACCUGAAGCUGGAAAUAGAGCUCCAAAAACGCUAAACUGCUCCGUUUCCACCGCCUCGUUCUCAGGCACCACAGAUCACAGUGGCGUGGGGGUGGAGUCAUUUAAAAGCUUUUUGAUUGUAGAAACGUGGUCAUGGAACCAUAUAACAGAACAUAAACAGAACACUCGCUGGUCAUGGCAGUCUGGAGCUGCUGGGCUCAGGAUCACUUCGCUAAUGAAGAUCUCACAGGCUCUCCAUGACGGAACCUGGUCAUGUGAUCAACGUGUUAUUGGUGCACGUAUCAAGCGUAUUUGAACUAUUUGGGACCGCGAAUGUUCCAACAGUGUAACUGCAUUUGAUCCGGAAUUAGCAGAACGCUGAUUCCCAUUGGAACCCUUUUGCAUAGUGAUGCAUCAUGUCAAAAAAUUAAAUUUUCGAUUUACGUCUGCAUUUCUGUAAAGCUGCUUUGUGACGAUGUUCGCUGUUAAGUGUGUGAUCCACUUCAGCUGCACUGUUGCGAUGUAUCGUCACACCCUUGUUAUUGAUUCAGUGGAUAUAGAAGAGAGAUUUUCUCCUGCACACCUGGCAACCCUGAACACAAGACCUCGAACAGAACUCCAAACAGAGUGGACAGUGAUUUCUCAAGCCGUCACUCAGACGCUUACUUUGUACAGAAAUGUAUUUUCAUGCGUCACUUUUUUGUCUGAAUUGAGGGCGGAGUUUCCCCUAUUGCUGCUCCCUACAUAGUGAACAGUGAAAGUGAGGAAGCAACUGGUUGGAGGGAAAGGUUUAGAGUGAAUAUUUUGGGGUGGGUAACAGAGCUACUUCGUAGUGAGAGUGCAGAAUGAUUUGAGACAGCCAAUGUUCAAUUUCACAUCAAUCCACCUGUCUAUGAUUAAUAUGAUAAACCUGAUCAUGAUCAGGAAGUCACAGUGGUGUUUUCUGCUUUUCUUCCAGGAUGGUGAGAGGUGAGUCAGCUUUUGGAGAAAUAUCCUGUCAAUAAAAGCCUCCUGAUUGAUGAUCAGUGAUGAAAUAAAACAUUUGUUGUCCCACAGUGAAGCAGGACGUGAAGCAGGACACUGCAGCCCACAGGAAGAUGUGGAACAGCUGUGAAGCCUCACUUCCUGUCUGAGAGCGGGUUUAGAAGACUCGACAGUGAGGCGCUGAAGCACCCGUGGAACACAUUCACCACCCGAGAGACGUCUGCACUUUCUAGUUUGUAGCUGCUUUAGAAAAGGAAAACCCACAUUGGCCCCAUCUCAAAUCACAGCGCAAGGCUUAACGUGGAGGCCACACACAAUAGUUGGGAUCUUUUUUACAAUAAGAACGACACAAAACUAAAUUACAAAUAAAGUUAUGACAGUUAAAAUCAAAUUUAUAUUAAUUUUGAGUGAAUAAAAGAGAAGGGAAACA